AUGUCCAGUCGACUGGAGAGAGUAGUAGCCCAGAAGAAGAGUGCUAUUGAAGCACUGAUGGAGAUGUUUGAGAGGGGAGCCGAGGUUCUGGCCAGCACUGUUGGAGAGCUGUGUCCUCUUUUUGAGGUCGCUUCCCCGGUUUUAAGGCUGGUGCUGGAUAAUGUAGAGAGCAAAGAGGUGAUUUAUGUGAAAGAGCAGUUUCUAGUUGUGCGGAGCAAACUGGAUGUCAUCUCAUCUCAGCUAACAGACAUUGAUUGUGAGAUCAGGAGGAGACGUUUGGAUUCUCAAUUCUUCUCUGUGGAGGAAAAUCUGCGGAACCAUUUCAGAAAAUACAUUGACAUUCUGGAAGCCAAACCUGAAUACAAAGAGGUCAAAAAACGCUUGUUCUUGGAUCAUUUUUUUAAAACAGGAGGAGAGAAAAACCUCUCUGUGCUUUACGAUUCUUUGAUGGGACAUGGCACAUUUGGCGAGCCAAUUCUGGAUGUUGUGGAAGAUUACGAAGGAAGAAACAGAAGGAUGAUGGAAGACUUCUGUGUUAGACUAAAGGAGCUUCUCUGCCUGGGAAUAAUCCCUUUACUGGGAUAUUGCUUUCUUACUCAGGGCGAGGAGGCGGAGCAAGAGAAGAUUCAAGAGUGUAACAUGAAGAUCCAAGAAAUUGAGAUGAAGAUGAAGAAAACCAUUGAGAGAUGUGUGAAUUCAUUUCCAGAACAAGCUGAACUGGACAUCAACAGACUUUUGAAGGAGAGAGAGGAUGCAAACCUCCAAGAUUUGGCUAAGGAGCUGCUGGAAUUCCUGGUGAAGAAGUACGACUGGGUGAGCUGGUCCAUCAGAGUCAUAACUAACAUGAGCAAAUAUAGAGACUUGAGAGCUGGACAAAACUUUCAGUGUGUGGCCGGACAGAAAUAUUUUGAAGUGUCUCAAGGAAAUGACACUAAUCUUAUGGUGUCCUACUGCAGCAACCCGCAGCCUGUGCCUGAUGAGAGCGUAAAACAGAUGAUGGACGGUCCUGCCAAGAAAGGAGAUGCCAAAACUGUAGUGGAGGUCCUUGACAAACAGUUUUCUGGGUUUUUGGUUCACGCUAUUAGUCGUCACAAGGAGAGCUUUGCUCUGUCGAGUUUUCCUGAAGAAUGCCAUUACUGGGGAAAACAUAAGAAUGUCAACGUGUGUGUGCAUUCUGAGUAAAUGCAUAAAUGCAACUAUUAUGAAACCACACAUAAAACUAUUUUAUGACUUUAGAUGUAAAAUGCAAAGUUAAGCACUCUAUUUGUGAGCUUCAUGUAAUUUCUUGUUGAUUUGAAUUAAGAAUAAUCAAAUUGGCUUUCUAAGUCAUUUGAACAUUUCAAGUCGAAAGCGAGCGGAUUGA